AUGCAUCUUGUUCACUCGGUCGUGGUUUCUUUCUGGCUUGCCGCAAUUUUCGUAGGGUACAGGCUUUUCCUGAAAUGGUAUCAGUAUCGGAGACCCCGACAGCUCGGUUGUGAGGCAGCAAACAAAUAUCCGCAUCGCCUUCCGUGGAUAUUAGACCCGUCAGGUAAAGAUCUACAGCGCAAGAGGUUUGAGGCCCUUGUGUUAGGCAAAUACAACCAGUUUUACCAGGAAAAGUUUGCUCAAUAUGGUCGAACAAUCGAAGAACGGUCCCCAGCUGGAAAGACCAUUGCCACUAUGGACUCGCACAACUUUCGCGCUAUGCUUGCUGCCAACUUCGAAGACUAUGAUAAACAAACCAUUCGGAUCACACCUAUUCUGAGACUCAUCGGCCAUGGGAUAUUUACCAAGGAUGGACCGGCUUGGAAACACUCACGAGAUGCGCUCAAACCCUUGUUCUUGCGCGCAGAGCUGAGCGAUGUUCAUCGCUUCAAGAAACAUGUUGACCGCAUGCUUUCCUUGAUACCCCGCGAUGGAAGCACUGUCGAUUUGAAGCCCCUUAUCUGCAGGCUGUUUCUGGAUAGCGGGACGGAAUUCAUUUUUGGGGAAUCUUUCAAUUCACUAGAUCGAAAUGCUACCCAAGGAGAUGAGUUGAUGGAAGCCUUCUCUCAGGCGCUGAUAGGUACGACCAAACGCCGCCAUGCCUUUGCGGCCCUCGGGUCUCUAUUCAAUGACACAGUAGAUGAGAAUAUCGACAAGAUCCAUGCUUUUGUGGACCGUCAAGUCUCUCGUGCACUAGCAGCGGCUUCCCAACCGAACCCGCUAGACGAGAAGAAAAGGGGUGGCCAGUCGAAUUCGCGAUAUGUGCUCCUUGAUGAGAUGGCAAAGCGGAUCCGGAAGCCAAUGACUCUAAGAUACGAGAUGAUGAACAUUUUCUUGCCGGCGUUCGAGAGCACCGCAGUUGUGCUCUCCAAUACCCUCUUUCAUCUUGCUCGCAACCCAGAUCUCUGGACAGAGCUUCGAAAGCAGGCGAUUGCUCUAGGCGACCAAAACCUAAGCUUUGAGCUUCUGAGAUCGCUCUCUCUCUUCCGAUACACCGUACUGGAAGCCUUGCGGCUGCACGGAUCAACCGGACGGCUAAGCCGAACGGCGAUUCGGGACACAGUCCUCCCCAGAGGCGGAGGACCGCAAGGCCGCAGCCCGGUAUUUGUACCCAAGGGCACUGUGGUUUCGCUUGAUCUUUACGCCCAUCUUCAUGAUGCAGAAGUUUGGGGUGAUGACACCGAUGUUUUCCGGCCGAGUCGAUUUGAGGGUAGGGCGCCGAAAUGGGAAUUUGUGCCAUUUUCGGGCGGCCCAAGGAUAUGUCCAGCACGGCAACAGAUCAUCACACAAUCCGUUUACUUGUUAGUUAGGCUAGCACAGGAAUUUGCCGAGGUGGAAAACCGCGAUCCGUGUAUGGAAUUUGUAGAGAGAGUCAAGAUCUUCACGGAAAGCGCAGGCGGCGUCAAGGUGGCGCUGCAUGAAACGCAGUCGAUACAUAUAGCUGCCAAGUAG